CCCAGACUUUUUAUCCGUAGAACCGAGGACAGCUACGGGUCCCUGGAUGGGACUGACAGACAGGCACAUCUGGCGAGAAACGAGAGAGGCGAGAUUGCACUGUGUGUGAGAGAGCGACAGAGAGAGAAAGGGGGAUAUCGCGGAGAGAUAAAAUCGGAAGAAAGAUUUAGUUAUUUCCUUCCUUUUCUCCUAGGAACGUCUGUCCCACCCCUGUCUGCCACGGGAUCGUUACCGCGGGGUUUGAGGAGUGUUCGCGUUCUUGCGUGCAGAAGGGGAUAUACGCCCCCCCCCCUCCGUCAAUUUCCCCUUCUCUUCUUUAUAUUUUAUUUAUCCGUUUCCAGGGUUCUGCUGUUGAUGUAGACCAGCUUGUUUUUAGAGAAACGGUUUUCUGUGGUGGAGCCCUGCACGCAUACACACAGAUGCGCGCGAAGCACGGAGAGGAGACAGACAACGACGUUAACGGUAGGAAUGAACGGAAAAUGCUGUGCGCCAGCAGUGGCAGCUGUGAUAUUACCGAGAACUCAGUGAUCCGCACGACGAGAGAAGAGAAGCCCUGCUGCAGCAACGAGCCUCUCUCGAAGUGAUGGGCAGUCAAGAGCAGCAGCUGAGAAGGAGAGUAGAGUUUAUAGUGUGUGUUAGAGAUGAGUGUGUAGUAUGUGUGCAUUAACUGUACUGACAUACUGACGACCCAAAGAACUGCAGCAGACAGACAGCCGGCCUGGAUAGACUCUACCAGAAUGGUCCCCAACCCUUCAGGAUAUAGGCCUGUGACUUCAGAGGAACACACAUAAACACAGACAAACAGAGAGAGCUCCCUAACCUCUCCGAAGAGGAUCACUGGGGCCCAACACUGACACUCUUACUUUGACAUCAUCAUCGCUGUCGCCCUGGGUGGAUGAGCCGCCUGUCUGGACGCCUGCGGUCGGGGGGAGGGGGGAGGGUGGGGUGCGACGGCAAGGCCGUAGUGGAGGAGCAGGGGUGUGAGGGGGCGCGGGUGGCGUUUGAGGGGGAAAGGGCUGUAGGUGUACAGGAGGAGGUCACAGUGGAACCCAGCGCUGAGGCUGGAGCUCAGGAGACCAUUGAACUUUUACCCUCCCCCUCGCCCCCCUCCCUGUCUAACGGUCUUCACCUGCACAGGAGGCCUGUCCUUGGAACACGCAGACGGAGGCAGAUAGAGACACACACACGCAACGACGCUCCAACACACACACCUGGACAGACCGUCAUAGGCAUGCAGACACACAAGGACAUCCAAAUGCAGACACCCGCAGAGACGUGCAUGGACGCUCACACACACACAAGUGCUCACAGACAAAUGGAUGCUCACACACACUUGGACUCUGCCGGUCCAGAGCAGCCCAGAACUGAUUCAUCACCAGAGACACACACCAGAUCACCUCAGCGACAGGUCAUCCUGCCUCUCAAUCAUUCAGCCUGCACCAAUCAGCAAGCUGCUUUCUCUCCCUGCAGCCCCGCUCCUCCACACUCUGCAAACAGGAACAUGGCCCCAGCCAUUAGCCCUGCCCCUAAUAUUAGUUCAACACCUCUAGAUCUCUCUAAACCCUCAAGAGCUAUUGGUCCAAAUCCUCCAGGCCUUUCUCCUAUCCGUCCAGCUUGUCCAGACCUUUCUACUAUUGGUCCAGGCCCUGUAGACCCCUCCCCUGUACCUGUCGAAGGUGAGAGAAAGUAUGCGCUUCGUAGCUCCGGUCGACCUCGCUUCCCAUGCCAGCUACGCAAGUCUUCCCGCAUCCGCCGAUGCACUGAGGAUGGAGAAAGGAGGGGAGGGAGGGAGAGCGAGAGGGAGGAGGAGGAGAGGGAGGAGGAAGAGGAGAAAGAGAGGGUGAGUGUACAUGUGAAGGUAGAGCGCCCCACAGUGGAGGAGUAUGCAGCCUCCAAGCCUGCAGCCUCCAAGCCUGCAGCCUCCAAGCCUGCAGCCUCCAAGCCUGCAGCCUCCAAGCCUGCAGCCUCACCCGUACCAGUACCUGUAGCACCACUCCCCUCAACACACCCCUCAUCACGCCCCUCCUCUCACUCCGCCCCCCGGCCAUCGCCCAAACCCCAACAUAGAACUUCAACCAAACCCCAACCCAAAUCUUCAACCAAUGCCAAACCAAAAUCCCAACCUAGACCAUCGAUGAAAGCCUCGCCCAAACCUUUGCCCAGAUCAGCAACCAAUCCCAGACCAGCAACCAAUCCCUCGCCUCGUCCAUUGACCAAUACAGUGCCCCGGCCGGCAGUGAAGAAGGAGGAGCCUGGUGAACUAGAUCCCCCCACCAAACGGAAACGCCGGUUUGUUGGUGUGAGGCGUAUCGUGGUGAAGGUAGCUCGUAUCCCAGUUAACCUCAGCCGACGCCAGAAGAGCUACAAGAUUUCCUCCAUGGAGACAGUUGAGAAGGGCGGGGCAGGUGGCGAUGGCGGGUUGGAGGGAGCCGAGGGGGGGACAGCGGUAGUCCGAGAGCCGACUGCACUCCUCCGUAUGAAGAACAACGGGAAGAGCGUGAUGGUCAUGUUCCCGCCUGGAGAACUUCCGGUGAUCCUGAAACGUCGACGUGGCCGACCUCCCAAACAGGUUGUACCUGGAACGCCGGAUAAAACCACCGGUGGGAAUGGCGAGCCCAAGAAACCUCGUCGGCGCCGGCGGGCCAAGCUCCCGUCUCCGCAACCGUCGUACGUGAACGACACCAACGACGUGAAGACGGAGUACGGAGACGUUCUGUCCAAACUGGCAUUCCUCAACCGCCAACCGCCGGCCACCGGCCGCUGCUCCCCACCACGCUGCUGGACACCCAGCGAACCGGACAGCUUUCACACGCCGUCCGACAACCCUGGGAUCUCCGCCCUGCUACACCGACUCACAGGGUUCAGACGCAGGGGAGGCAGGGGGGGAGGUGUUGGAGGCAGGGGAGGAGGAGCAGGGGGAGGAGCAGGAGGAGCCGGCGGAGAGGGCUUCAAGAGCUCCUUCAGUGACUUUUUUGAGACGAUCGGGAAGAAAAGGAAAGUGACCCCCGCUCUCGCAGAACCAGGGUUACUCAAGAAACGAGGGAAGGGUGGGGGAGGCAGGGGAGGAGGGGCUGCAGGGGGGGAGAUGGUGGUUGGGGGUGAGGGGGGGAAGCCGGUUAAGAAACGACGCUCACGCAAGAACGGGGUUCUAAAGGGGGAGGCAGGGGGGCAGCUGCAACAAGACUGGUUUAAUGGGGGAGGUGUCUGGGGGGAGGAAGGGGGAGGCAUGAGGGAGAGAGGGCCAGGAGGGUACCAGGUCUGUGGCUCCCUGAGGGGGGGCUUUCUGUCCUGUGAGGGGGGGAGAGGGAGUGCGUACGGCAGCCCUGGCGGCAGCAGAGGUGGAGAGGAGGCGCAGGGUUUGUUCGCCGGAUAUUUCCGCUCCCUGCUGGACUCUGACAACUCCUCAGACCUCCUGGACAUCUCCUCCCCUCGCCCCGACCCCAGGAAACCUCCUCCCACCCUGGGCUACGACUCUUCCAGCCCUGCCCGCGGCCCAGGCCCUCGCUGGUCCCCAGCUUUCCCCAAACGCAGCCCCAAAGGAGAGCCAAGGGAGAACCCAACACUACAUCAUCCCUCUUCCUCCUCCUCUUCCAGACCUCCUUACAGUUAUAACCUAUCCCAGAACUCCCCCACCUCCUCCUCGUUCCCCAAGUCCACCCCUCCCUCCCUCCCUCCGUCCUGCUCCCCCAGCUCCCCCCAUCCCUCCUCCUCCUCCUAUGGUCACUACACACCUGGCUAUUCCUCCUCCUCUCCUGCAGGGGGCAGCGCAGCGCCACAAAGACCCGCAGACUGCAGCUUCGCAGCCUAUGGGGCAGCCGGGCUGAGUAAGGCCUCCACGGCCACCCCCGUGGGCCAGGGUCAGAUGGGAUAUUCCAGUUUUUCCAAGCGGGGCUAUGGGGGCUACCUUGGGCAGGUUGGACCAUCUUCUCCAGGAAGAGGGGGGUAUAUGGCCAUGGCCAAAAACAGCCCCUUCCCCUCCUCAUCUUCCCCAGAGGGAUACAGACACUACCCCUCCAACCAGAGUAACUACAGGCCGGGCUAUGGUGGCUACCCAGGAGGCUACAGUGACCCAGGCCCCAGCGAGCCCAAAGACAUCCUGGACAUCUCCAACUACACCCCCCAGAAGGCCAAGCGACAACCCUUCCUCGAGAGUCUAUCAGAGUCCUCCUCUGACUCCUCCCACCUAGGGGUCACCGGGUCAGGAGGUGGGGUCAGUGGCGGAGGCUCGGGGUCAGGCUCCGGAGGUGGGGCUUACAGGCAGGGUGGAGGGAGGGAGUCUCUUCCUAUUGGUGGAGAGGGAGGUCAAGGACAGUCCAGCCUAUCAAGUCUGGAGAAGUUGAUGAUGGACUGGCAUGAGAGCGCCUCAGGCCCCUCCUACAACUGGAGCCAGAACGUUCUCUUCCAGGGGCAGGGGAAGCCCAGCCGGGGGCGCAGGAAACGGAAUGCUGCCGAACCCCAAACGGAGAAGGAGGGGGGUGGAGGACCAGGAGCAGGACCAGGGACCACCCCAGACUCUCCCACCAGCCCCCCAAGCCAGACCCAGCCCUCCACCCCAACCCAGGGUUCUGGUGGAAAACGCAGUGGAAUGGGGGGACGGCAGGCCAGGGGGGUAAGAGGAGGCAGAGGAGGGGGGCUGUACCCAUCCCCUGGAGAGCGCCCCCCAGGGGGGAAGAAGGGCAAGGCAGCUGGGGGUGGGGUUGGAGGUGGAGGGAGUGCUGCUCAGGGGGGGUUGUUCCAGGAAGGUCUUGACUACUACAGUGGAGACAGCAGCAGCCUCUCCCCCCUCCCUAACCCCACCUCACAUCUCGGCUACCCCACCGAGCUCUGUGAGUACCCCUCCCCGUGCCCUUACUCCGCCCACCCCUCCACCCCGUCCUCAGAGGAGCACUACACAGCCCUCUUCCCAGGUGAGGCCUCAUCCUCCUCUCUCUCCCCUGGAAUGACUUCCACAUCCUCCUCCUAUCCUCCCAAACUAUCCCCCGCUCCCCAGCCCUACCACCCUCCUCUCACUCCUGCUCCUCCACCCGCCUCCUUCUCCCCUUCCUGCUCACCAUCGCAACGGUUACUGCCACACUGUGGAACAGCGCUAAGCCCCCCCCAUCGUAACCUGGCAACCGUUUCCAAGGACCACUUCCCCUCCCAGUAUGAUUCUCCCAGCUACUGUAGCUCCCCCUAUUGGUACGGAGGGGCAUCGCUCAGCAGCAGCCCCCACGCUAACACACACACCACUACACACACACAUGCUAAUGCACACGGCAACACACAUGUACACGCUAAUGUUAACCCUCACGCUAGCCCUAACAAUCACCCUAACACUCACACUACCGCACACACUAACACACACACACACCCUAACAGCAACCCUCAUGCAAACAUGAGUCCACACACAUCUCAGACAAGCUUGAGCCCACACACACACCCUAACCCCAACUCCAACCCACACACACACACCAACCCCCACAUCAAUACACACCCGCACAUCAACACACACCUUCAUUCAAACCAGAACCAGAACCAGAACCAACAUCCUCAUCCACACCCUCACCCGAACACUUACCCCCACCCCCAUCCCAACACCACACAACACUCCCACCCUAACCUCUCCCCACACACUCACACCCACCCUAACCUCUCCCCCCACUCCCACACUCACCCCCUGCUUUAUGAGGAACGCCCCCCUCACAGCGCAAUGCCCACGCAACCUCACAAACGGGACCUGCCUCCCCACCUCAACUCAGGGCUGCGACCAGCCCCCCUGCAGCUCUCCCCGUACCCCUCCCCCCACCACAAGCCUCCCCUGGCAUCCUCGCCGCAUUCUGAGGACAUGGGUUACCCCCCGUACCCCGGGAUGCACCCCCGCUACCACCCACAGCCCCCGCUUCGAGGAGGAGGAGGGGUGCUCUGUCAGCUACUAGACCCCCCCAGCGAUGACAGCUUCAGUGUCACGAGCUUGUAGCUGCAGGUCCAUUAAAUCUCAACUUUUUUCAGAUUUGUAAACUUUUUUUAAGGAGAGACUUUCAGAGACAAGAUGAUGGAUCAGAAUUUAUCUGCUAACUCUGGACAGUAGAUCUUCAGUUCUCCAGCUAUGACAAUCAAAAGCCAACUGCAACACACACACAAAGGCGCACACACAGACACACAGACACAGCUGGAAAGAGGGAGUGGCCUAGAGAAGCUGUGGGAGGAGUGACAGACGCUGAGGAACAGAGAGGCGGGGCCUAAUGGAAAAGUUCCACCCCCAACGCUAAACACAUUAAUCCCCUAUCCCCGAAACCAUACACCCUUCGCUCUGUGUGUGCUAUAUGAGAGAAGUGGACUACAGCAUCAGCUCUUGAAUUACCAGCAUCUGUACAUAGACUCCAACUCCAGCCACAGACCCAUAACCUCACCACAACAUUGGAACAGUUGAGACAACGUUACUAAUGUUCCAUCAGUGUUUUCUAACGUUCAGGCUUUUAGCCAGGACCACAUACCCACAACCACACCCAGGGGCGGACUGGCAAUCUGACAUUUUGGGCAAAUUCCAGAUGGGCUGGUCCAUUUUAAGCCCAGUGGGCCUAUCUAACUUUUUUCACGCAAAAAGAUCACUAUUUGGCUAAUAAUGGGUGCCUCAAGGGAAAAAAAGGGGCCAGUGUGUGGGCCUUGAGGAAAGAAAUGGGCCUAUGUGUUACAAAUGCCAGGGCCAAUUUCUGGUCCAAGUCCAUCCCUGACCACAGCUGUGCUAAAACAGCUCUACACAACGUUCCAUCAUCGUUUCUCUAAACCUCUGCCAUAGUCUCUGCUCUGAUGGAAGGACUCCAGCAUGGAGACUCUACAUCCUGUGUUUCACUGUUUUUACUAGGAGGGAAGGAGACCCGACACACACUCUGACCCCAAAGAGACUGACGUGUGUUUAUUUGUGUGUGUGUAACCACGCGGAUGGACUUCUGUAUGUAUGUAUGUGUGUGUUUGGGGUCUAAAGGGGUAGAGCUCUACAUCUGAAAUGGUGGAUGGAUGAACAGGGCUUCUCUUCCUUCUUUUACUCUCCUUUUUUCCGUGGUCUUGUGUUGUUUGGUGGUUUUUGUGAUGAACAGUUGUAUAUGUCUGUUAAUGUCAUGAUGUAUCUACAGUGCCAAUAUUUAAAUACACUCUGAUCUGGCCAUUGGUAAA